AUGACAGCUGAAAAGACUAUUCCUAUAAUUAAUGGAAAGCCAGAAGAUGCUUUGGACCCAGAAGCCUCAAGUACCAACCUCGUCCACAGCAAUGAUAAGAAAGUUCAUGAAAGAGGUCACUGGAACAAUAAGGUUGAAUUUGUGCUUUCUGUGGCAGGGGAGAUUAUUGGCUUGGGAAACGUCUGGAGAUUCCCAUAUCUUUGCUACAAGAAUGGAGGAGGUGCUUUCCUCAUCCCCUACGUGGUCUUUUUUAUUUGCUGUGGAAUACCAGUAUUUUUCUUGGAGACAGCCUUGGGACAGUUUACAAGUGAAGGAGGCAUCACAUGCUGGAGGAAAGUUUGCCCUCUCUUUGAAGGCAUUGGCUAUGCUACCCAAGUUAUAGAGGCACACCUAAAUGUAUAUUACAUCAUCAUUUUAGCAUGGGCUAUCUUCUAUUUGUUCAACUGCUUUACUACAGAGCUUCCCUGGGCUUCCUGUGGCCAUGAAUGGAACACAGAAAACUGUGUGGAAUUUCAAAAACUUAACAUGAGCAACUGCAGUCAAGUCUCUUUACAAAAUGCCACUUCUCCAGUGAUGGAAUUCUGGGAACGAAGGGUGCUGGCAAUUUCAGAUGGGAUUGAGCACAUUGGGAAUCUGCGCUGGGAGCUCGCCCUGUGCCUCCUGGCUGCUUGGACAAUUUGCUAUUUCUGCAUCUGGAAAGGGACCAAAUCCACUGGAAAGGUUGUGUAUGUAACAGCCACGUUCCCCUACAUCAUGCUGAUGAUCCUCCUGAUCCGGGGGGUGACGUUACCCGGCGCUUCCGAGGGCAUCAAGUUCUACCUUUACCCCGACAUCUCCCGGCUCUCUGACCCACAGGUGUGGGUGGAUGCUGGCACACAGAUCUUUUUCUCCUACGCCAUCUGCUUGGGGUGCCUGACAGCCCUGGGGAGUUACAACAACUACAACAACAACUGCUACAGAGACUGCAUCAUGCUCUGCUGCUUGAACAGUGGCACAAGCUUUGUUGCUGGUUUUGCUAUCUUUUCAGUUCUUGGAUUUAUGGCUUAUGAACAAGGCGUGCCCAUUGCAGAAGUUGCAGAAUCGGGACCAGGACUUGCAUUCAUUGCUUACCCUAAAGCUGUCACCAUGAUGCCUCUGUCUCCUCUGUGGGCAGCUCUGUUCUUCAUGAUGCUCAUCUUCCUGGGCUUGGACAGUCAGUUUGUGUGUGUGGAGAGCAUCGUGACAGCUGUGGUGGACAUGUACCCCAAGGUGUUCCGCAGGGGCUACAGGAGGGAGCUGCUCAUCCUCGGCCUCUCCGUCGUGUCCUACUUCCUCGGCCUCAUCAUGUUAACUGAGGGUGGGAUGUAUGUCUUUCAGCUCUUUGACUCCUAUGCAGCCAGUGGGAUGUGCCUGCUCUUUGUUGCCAUAUUUGAGUGUGUCUGCAUAGGCUGGGUGUACGGCAGCAAUCGCUUUUAUGAGAACAUUGAAGACAUGAUUGGGUACAAACCUGUGUCGUUGAUUAAAUGGUGCUGGAUGGUCCUAACUCCAGGUAUUUGUGCAGGAAUCUUCAUCUUUUUCCUGGUGAAAUACAAACCCCUGAAAUACAACAACGUGUACAUCUACCCUGACUGGGGCUACGGCAUCGGGUGGAUGAUGGCGCUCUCCUCCAUGGUCUGCAUCCCGCUGUGGAUCUGCAUCAAGCUCUGGAAGACAGAAGGCACCUUCAUGGAGAAAUUCAGGAAGUUGAUUACACCUAGCUCAGACCUGAAAAUGCGGGGCAAGCUCGGAGGAGGAGCCUACAUUGCAGCAAUAAAUGACUGCGAUGCCAAACUGAAAGGAGAUGGCACCAUUUCCACCAUCACAGAAAAGGAAACACAUUUCUGA